UCAUCUGCUGCCCGUCCCCCCGUGGGCGGCUCCGGUCUCCCCCGCCUCACAGGCAGGUGGAACUUUCCGUGACGUCACAAUGCUGCGCCACAAGCCGCGCCUCCUGAGAGAACUUGUGAACUUGUAAAAGGCGGGAGCCCGGGCUUCUUUCUCCUCAGCCUCUGUCCAGCAGCCUGGCCGGGCGGAGGAGGCGGCGGUGGCGUGUACGAAGCCAGGGAAAGCGCUCAGCAAACAGUAAAGUGAGAGGGCGAGGGCGUGAGCGGUGCGGAGGAAGCGGCGGGGUGCCUUUUCCUGAGGCUGUUCUGGGGAAUGGCGGAGGCGGCGGCCGUGGCGGUCUGUGCACGAGCGGGAGCGCCCCGCAGCAGUGAGGACAUCCUGAGAAGCUGGGCCCUGGGUUUCUACUUUGGAGAUGGCACUUUGAGUUGGCAAUAAGAUCUGAAAGACCAGAUGUUGGACCUGGAGUUUGUGGAAUUCAGACCACCAGGACAGAAGUAGAACCCUCCUUCAUGAGCCUUCCAGCAUGGAUUGAAGACCAGCAGUUCCCCAGGAAUCCUCUAGACCUCCAGUGCCAGACUGGGACUGCUGAGGCAUGAUGAGCAGCAGCAGAGUUCUCAGACUCUCCAGUGUGCAGACAGUCAUUGCUGGACUUCCUGAGGUGAUGUCAUUUGAAAACGUCGCUGUGGAUUUCACCUGGCAAGAAUGGCAGCACCUGGAUGUUGUUCAGCAAAACCUCUACAGAGAUGUGAUGCUGGAGAACUACAGCAGCCUGAUGUUCUUGGGUGAGCUAAACUCCCGGAGAUGUAUGACCAAACCAGAUUUGAUCUUCAAGUUGGAGCAUGGAUUUGCACCAUGGAGUGUAGUAGAAGGCUCAAUUCAGAGGCUUCCAGAAUUUAAAUCUCAACAGAACUUUCAUUGGACAAAGACUCAUGAUUUUAAGCAAUGUCACAAUGCAGUUUACCAGAACGUACAUCACACUUGUCAUCAAGGAGCAAACACAGGGUUGAAGCUGUAUGAAUGUAGGACCACCUUGUCCUCCAAAUCACAUCUCAGUCACUGUCAGAGAACUCACACAGCAUGGAUUGAAAACCAGUGAGGACUGAUGACCAGAGUCAACUGAAGACACACAUGAAUUGAAAACCAGUGGUUUCUCAGGAAGCCUAUAAGCCUAUGGUGCUGGAUUGGGACUGCAGAGGCAUCUGGCCAUGUGGACUGACCAGCUACUGGAUUCCUUGAUUCUCAGGCAUACAACUGCCAUUGAAUUACCAUAAGCAAAUUCAAUAAAUUCCCUUGUUAAUAUAAUUCAUUUUAGUAGCUCUGUUCCUCCAGAGAACCCUGAAUAUUGCACUCUAUGAUGUCAUAAAGAGAGUUGUGGAGAUGAAAAAUGUUUCCGUGUAGCUGCUUGGAUUCUCUGGGAAUGGGCACCAUGGAAUGGUCCUCAUGCUGGCAUAGUUUCAUUACUCCAUAAAGCUAGCAUUCAGGACUGAAGGGGUUAAACUUGCAGAACAUGUGAUUUUUUUCUCUCAAGUUCCUUAGGUAAAGCUGCAAGUUUUGAAAUUUGUCCUGUUUGUUUUCCAAAUUGUAAUGCCUUCUUUUUGCAAUAGAAAUGUUUACUCUGUGUCUAUGUGUUGGAAAUAAGUCACUGUAGUGUGAGGUAACAAGGCUCAAAGUUAAUAGACAUUCUGACAUAUCAGUUGAGAUGCUAGAUUUUUGAGUUUUGAGCAGAUUUCUAUUUGCUGUGGACAUUUUUACAUAGGCUAAAUAGAUACAUAAUCAUAAAAUGGUCAUGUUUUUACGUGGGUUGGGGAAACUGAAUGUUUCAGUACAAAGGUUUUCCUGUAGCCUCAUGUUUUUGUUCAACCCAUGCUGCCUGGGAAUUCACUAUGUAAUCUCAGGCCCCUAACUCACAGUGAUCCAUGUAUUUCCUGGAAUUAAAGGCAUGUGCCACUAUGCUCAGCUGUUACUCAAUUUUUAAUGUAAGUAAUUGAUAUAAGAUGUAAUGAAUGUAAGAAUAAUAUCUGUAAAUUUUUUAUGAACAAUGUUUUAAAGGUCUUAUCAGA